AUGUCGACUAUUAAAGACGGUGUCUACCUAUUUGCCCUCCCAAACUCAUCCGGAUCUUGUAUUUCCGACCCUGGUGAAGGUCGCUAUCUUCCUCUUCUCCCACCCGGAGCUAUAGACGAGGAUGCACACAAGAUUGUGGUCAAGUGGAACGAAGAAAGGGGUGGAUACUCCCUUCAGUUUAAGAAAUCUGGCAAAUAUCUUGCUUUCGAGGGACCCCCAGGCAUCAACAAUAAACUGUUGGACGGGGACAAGCCCCGCUAUUUCAAGAUCACCGAACAUGUCUAUGAUUCGGAGAAAUAUGCUAUCACCGUGUCUGAAGACACAAAAUAUCAUAUCGGGCUUGCAAUGGAAAGGAUUUUCCCUCCUUGGGUCGCAAUGUCUAGUUUCCCUGAGGUACAGGCAUGGGAUAUCAAGAAAGUUUGA